AUGGAAUAUUCCUUCAAAGUAUUUGUCUUACUUUUUCUUGGCAUCCAAGUCGUUUUGGUAACUUGUACUCAAUUUGAAGUUGGAGACAAGACCUAUGGAUGGGAGGUCCCCAAAACAGUAUACCACCAACAAUUAGUGUACAACGAAUGGGCCUCAAAGAAAAGGUUCAAUGUUGACGACACUCUCUAUUUCGGUUACGAGACAUUUGCAGACUCAGUGUUGGUAGUGAGCAAGGAAGAUUACGAAAAAUGCCAUUCGGAUCGCCCCAUUUACUACUCAAACGAUGCUCGCAGUGUGGUGACAUUGGACCGACCCGGUCUGUUCUAUUUCAUGAGUGGGGUUGCUGAACACUGCGAGAAAGGGCAGAAGAUGGUCGUCAAAGUCUUGGAACCAGCUGGGGUUGAAACCCCACCUGCUGAUGCUGAUCAAUCUGCAAACCAGAAUUCAUCUGACUCAUUACCACAACACAGGAAUAAUAACAAUAAUGCCACUGGUGCACUUGCUGCCAUUUCUUCUACAACUAUUAUCUUCUGCAUCAUGACCUCUCUCCUUGGUCUCUUUUUCUUCUAA